AAAUCACUGAAGAGAGAACAUUUCUUAUGGCAAUUGUUCAACAUAGAAAAAGAUAUCACGAAGACAACUGAGGACCUUGAUGCUGAAAAGAGAAGUCGUGAAGAAGUCAUGCAAGAACUAGAGAGUUUCGAGCAUGAAGCAAGUAAGAAGAAGAAAGAACAAGCCAAAUAUCUGAAAGAGAUUGCUCAGUGUGAAAAGAAGAUUGCUGAGAGAAACGUUAAACUUGACAAGCAUCAACCAGAGCUUCUGAAGUUGAAAGAGGAAACGUCUCGCAUAAACUCCAAAAUAAAGAAAAACAAGAAGGAGCUUGAUAAGAAAAGGGAAGAAAGGAGGAAACAUGCGGCUGAUAUAAAGGAGCUCAAGAAGGGCAUAAAUGAUUUAAAUGCAAAACUAGAAGAUUUGCUGGAAAAAGAAGGACGGGAUAGUGGUGAGAAGCUUAUUUUAGAUGACCAUGCAUUAAAGGAAUAUUUUCGCAUAUAUCCCCAUUUGUUGGAAAUGCAUUAUGCCGGUUGCCUUGAUGCUGUUUUCUUGCUUAGAUCCAUCUUAAGAUUCUGA